GGGAGGGAAUUCUCGCGAGAAUUCCACCAGGCAACGGCGCAGCAAGAUGGCGGCGCCGGAGACGGAGGUGGUAUCGGCUGCGGGGCCGGGGACCGGCCUUGACCAGCAAGUGACGAGCAAUGGAACUGCAGGGGGUGGUGAAGGGGUUGUUGAAACUCAGCAACAGAACCAGCCCCAACAACAAGCUCCAAAUGCCUGGCAGAUCAUCAAAGGGGUCUUAUUCAGAAUCUUUAUCAUCUGGGCCAUCAGUAGUUGGUUUCGUCGUGGGCCAGCACCACAGGAUCCAUCCACCCCUGGUGGGGCGCCCAGGGCACCAAGCCGCAAUCUCUUCCCUAAAGACACUUUAAUGGAUCUUCAUGUCUACAUAUCCGAACAUGAGCACUUUACUGACUUCAAUGCAACUUCAGCGUUGUUUUGGGAACAGCGAGAUCUAGUCUAUGGAGAUUGGACAAGUGGAGAGAAUUCGGAUGGCUGCUAUGAGCAUUACACUGAGUUGGAAAUUCCUGAGAGCGUCCAACACAACGGUUCCAUUUACAUCCACGUGUACUUCACGAAAAGCGGGUUCCAUCCUGAUCCCAAACAGAAGAAUCUGUAUAGGCGGCUUGCCACAGUUCACACGUCUCGAAUGAUCAAUAAGUACAAGCGUAGACGCUUCCAGAAAACCAAGAACUUACUAACCGGGGAAACCGAAGCAGAUCCUGAAAUGAUAAAAAGAGCUGAAGAUUACGGCCCUGUGGAGGUGAUCUCGCACUGGCACCCAAACCUCACCAUCAAUAUUGUGGAUGACCACACGCCGUGGGUGAAGGGCAGCGUUCCUCCCCCUCUGGAUCAAUAUGUGAAAUUUGAUGCAGUGAGUGGCGACUACUACCCCAUCCUUUACUUCAAUGAUUACUGGAAUCUGCAGAAGGACUACUUCCCUAUUAACGAGACCGUGGAACGGUUACCCUUCCGCCUCUCUUACUGCCCGCUUUCGCUCUGGCGAUGGCAGCUGUAUGCUGCCCAGAGUAGCAAGUCCCCUUGGAACUUCCUCGGGGAGGACUUGUACGAGCAGUCAGAUGAGGAGCAAGACUCCGUGAAGGUUGCUUUGUUAGAAACAAAUCCUUACCUGCUGGCUCUGACCAUUGUUGUUUCCAUCGUGCACAGCAUUUUUGAGUUCCUUGCUUUCAAGAAUGAUAUUCAGUUCUGGAACAGCAGGCAGUCUCUGGAGGGCCUCUCCGUCCGUUCGGUGUUCUUUGGGGUCUUCCAGUCCCUUGUGGUCCUCCUCUACAUCCUGGACAACGAAACGAACUUUGUGGUGCAAGUCAGCGUGUUCAUUGGGCUUCUCAUUGAUCUCUGGAAGAUCACAAAAGUGAUGGAUGUCCGGCUGGAUCGCGAGAACAAAAUCGCUGGGAUUUUUCCACGCUUAACAUUCAAAGACAAAUCGACAUACAUUGAAUCCUCUACCAAAAUCUACGAUGAUAUGGCCUUCCGGUACCUCUCCUGGAUCCUCUUCCCACUGUUGGGUUGUUAUGCCGUAUAUAGCCUCCUCUACAUGGAGCACAAGGGCUGGUAUUCCUGGAUCCUGAGUAUGCUCUAUGGUUUCCUGCUGACCUUUGGCUUCAUCACCAUGACGCCGCAACUGUUCAUCAACUAUAAGCUGAAGUCGGUGGCCCACCUUCCCUGGAGGAUGCUCACCUACAAAGCCCUCAACACCUUCAUCGAUGACCUCUUUGCCUUCGUCAUCAAAAUGCCCAUGAUGUACAGGAUAGGCUGCCUUCGAGAUGAUGUCGUUUUCUUCAUUUACCUCUACCAGCGGUGGAUCUACCGGGUGGAUCCAAGCCGCGUCAAUGAAUUUGGAAUCAGUGGGGAGGACCAAGCUGGGAGGACGACAACGACGACGCCAAGUAUAGCUCAGCCGGACGGAGUCCCUGCAGUGCUGGCCAGCAGCACACCGGGGGCUAAAGCAGAGGGUCCCGCCAACGGGGCUGCCAGGGCAGCAACAGAGAGAGGAGCUAGAGGCACACCCGCGGCCAACUCGGGGGGCUUGCCAGACGCCAUCCCCGAAGUGCCCCCCUUAAAGACGGCAGAGGAGAAGAAGAAAGAUUAAUCUGCUCUUUUAUUUUUUAAAAUCCCUAACGUGACACUCUCACUGUUGGAUAACGGACAGGGGCUGGGCAGGGGCAGAGUUGCUUUGGGCCUUCCAGGUUCCGAGCUCUUUAUUUUAUAUUCCAGUAAACUUCUGGGGGCAGGCAGGAGGGGGAGGGUUUGGUCAGGACGAGCGACCAGGAGACCUCUUGAAAUGUGGAAGUGAAGUGUGACAUGUUGUAUUCAUUGCAAGAGAAACCUCACCUCACCCCACCCCUCUGUAGAUCUCUGUGUUUAAAGCAAAACUCCAAACCAAGUAAUCAUUGUGACCUCCAUUCCAUUGUGCGGGUAUUUAGGACAUUUUGUCGUUCAGGAGUUUAUUCCUGCCAGUUGUGUCUCCGUUCCAUAAAGAGAGCUGAUGCUAAGAACAAA